AUGUUGAUCAAGGUCCGUACACUUACCGGAAAGGAGAUUGAACUGGACAUCGAGCCUGACUACAAGGUGUCUCGGAUAAAGGAGCGGGUCGAGGAGAAGGAGGGAAUUCCGCCCGUCCAGCAGCGGUUAAUUUUCGGCGGGAAGCAGAUGGCCGAUGACAAGACCGCCCAAGACUACAACCUCGAAGGUGGAGCGACACUGCAUCUCGUUCUUGCUCUCCGUGGCGGCUGCGCCGCCCUUCAGUAGAGUUCGUGCUGGUCAACCGAACAACUUAUCUCCAUGAAAGCGCAAGCGAACCGUGAUUUCUCCGACCGUGGUAACAAUGCCGAACUGGGCCACAUAUUAGAACGAGGCGUGAAACAAGUGUUGCAAGGUGGUUUGCGCUUGAUAUACCCAAUCCGAAGACGAGCGUGUUUGUCCUGGACUAGUCUUUCUGGCGCUGGAGAGUAGGAAAACAGUGCCAUGAAACCGGGGUCCUUAGUAUGAAAUGAUAACACGGCGCCCGCAAGGGCGCACUCACCUUAUGUGCCAUGUGGAACAUUGAUAACAAAUAUUUUCAGU